AUGUCUCCACCGAAGGAUUUUAGUGCUAAAUGUAUUCCUCCAAGAGAUUAUCAGGUUGAAUUGCUUGAUCGUGCAAAAAUUCAAAACACGAUUAUUUCGCUCGGUACUGGUAGUGGAAAAACAUUUGUGGCGGUUCUUUUAAUAAAGGAAUAUUCUCAGAGGUUGUUACAUCAAAAUGAAAAAGCUGUGUUUUUGGUUAAUACUGUUGAACUUGUUGCCCAGCAAGCCGAGCACAUUGAAUUUCAUUCAAGUUUGUCUGUCGCCCGUAUUUCUGGUUCUACAAUUAAAAGAAAAUAUGAGAGAAGAGAAGUUGAGAAAAUUACUAGCAACAAUCAGGCAAGUCAUGUAUUAUUAAAGUCUAGUUUAUCUUCUUGUUUUAAAGGUGAUUGUAAUUACAGCUCAAGUUUAUUCGAUUUCUCUUCUUUGGCUUUGUUGAUUGUUGAUGAAUGCCAUCAUUGUUUGGGGGAACUGCAUCCAUAUAGGCUGAUUAUGAAUCAUUACAAGAAACUGCAAGGUCAACGACCACGCGUUUUGGGCCUUACAGCUUCAAUUCUGAAUAAAAAAGUGCCGUCCUCUCGCAUUGAAUGCACCGCUCAGCUGCUAGAACAAAUAAUGGAUUCGCAGAUAGAAACCUCCAGCAAUUAUACACAGAUAUGCAAAUAUGUUACAAAGCCAAAGCAAUUUAUUGUUUGCACAAAAGAUGAUUGUACAAAUGAAAAAUUUGUGGUUGAUUUAUUGGAGCGCCUUCGUUCAUUUAUUGAAAAGAAUGAAGAUUUUCAUUCAGAAUUUGAAGUUGAUCCGCGUCGCAAAAUUUUUGAAACAAUUUCCCGUUCAUUUUCAACUCUUCAACAAGUUGGUAGCUGGGCAGCUCUAAAAGGGUUUAUCCUUUGGCAAAAGAAUUUACUUAAACAUGUUGAUGACCCGAUAAUUGGCAAUAAACAAAAAUGCAUUUUAAGAAUGGCUGAGACUGCUUUUAGAACUUGUUCAAAAGUUUUAAGUCACAAAAUAAAUCCAUUAAACAGCUAUGACAAAUUGGGUAACGUAAAUAAAUCAUAUAUCAGUGACAGAGUGCGCAAAUUGCUGGAAAUAUUAAAAAGUUAUUCGCCUUCAAAACGUGAAUUGUCUGGAAUUAAAGAUACGCUUUUUGGAUUAGUUUUUGUGAAAGAACGAUUUAUUGCCUUUAUGAUUAAUAAUUUACUUCGUUUUCUUGUAAAACAAAAUCCUGAAGAGUUUGGACAUUUAAAAGUGGACUUUAUUGUUGGACACACGGGAAAUUCUGAGACAGGAGAUGAAGAUAGGCGUCUGGUAAAUCGAAAACAGGAACGAACUCUUACACAAUUCCGGAAUGGGCAACUGAAUUUAUUGAUAACAACGAAUGUUUUAGAAGAAGGCUUGAUCUUAGAAACUGCAAUUUAGUCAUUCGAUUUGAUCCAC